UGGUUCCUGUGGCACUUGGGGUUGGAGUUGCCAGUUGCCCCUUGCCAGUUGCCAGUUGGUUGCCGGGGUGCAUUCGGAUCGGAGCAGUUGUUGUCAGUCGUUGCGAUCGCCAGGUUAACGAAGGUUGUGCCGCGGACAGUCGCAUCCCAUCCCAAACCCUAUCCCAGAACGUAGCCAGAGUAUCUAUCAGCCAUGUCGGGCAAGCUGAUUAUGAAGCGCAAGCGUGCGGAUCAGCCGAGCAGGAGGCAGCAGGAGCAGCAGCCGGAGGAGGAUCAACCACAGCAGCAGCAGCAGCAUAUACAAAAUCAGGAAGAGUUAGAGGAGCAAGCAGCGCAGGAGAAGCGCCACCGACCUCUGACGCCACCUGCCGAGCAGCCAUCCGAAGGAUCCGAGGAAGAUUCACCCAACAGAAUUCUGCUCGAGGCACUGCAAAAGAUCAUGGAGCUGCAGUCGGAGCUGGAUGCCUUCGAGCAGGAUCUGGAUGAACGCGAUGGCUACCAAGCGGCAGAGGCUGAUCAAGAGGAGGACGAGGAGGAGGAGGAGGAUGAUCAGGAAGAAGAGAGCGUAGAGGAUGAAAACCUGGACGCCGAAGUAGCUGCCCAAUUCGCACCAGCCACUCCUACUCCUGGAGAGCGCAGCCAGGCCGAGGCUCUUGGCUUCGCCAUGUGCGCCCGUGAGACUCUUCUGUUCCUGCAGAGCGAGGGCAUCCCCACCGAGUCGCCGCUGUACCAGACGCUCCUCGGCAAGCUGGUCGGCCAGAGCGAUGGCCUGCUGCAUGCCUAAUCGAGAGCCGAACGAGCCGGGCCUCCGCCCCUCAUUCUAGUCACUUUGCUGCGAUCUCAUUGCAAGUAAAACGAGAGGGAAUCCUAGGGGUUGAUCACAUCCGAACUACGGGGUGGGUGUGUCACCCAGGUAUCCCAUCCGCAUAAUCCUAAGCUGUUUACUCUAGUCAAUUAUUGUGAAGCAAUAUAAAAACGAGCGAAAAACAACGA